GGAAUUUCGGAUUCUUCACUGAACCGUUUUUUGGGAUUGCUAAGCAAACAACAAUGGAUAGGCUAACAGAGUUGAGAAAUAUGGUCACUCCUGGGAGUGGAAACGACAGAGAAAACGAUGAUAUAAUACAAGCAGCUUCAAGGGUGUUACGUGGAGACUUUGAAGAGGAGGAUGAAGGUAACGAGCGUCCACAAGGAGAAGAAAGCAAAAAUAUAUUGGACGAGUUGGAGGAAGGUUUAGAAAAUUUACAACAUAAAAUUUUUUCCCCUUUUUCCAAAAAGAAAUCGUCUAAAGAGGAUGUGGAAAGUGGUCGUUUUCAAAGUAGACAGACUGCUCAGUUAUCAGGAAAUGGAGAAAGUAAUGUAUUGACGAAUUUUUACGAAGACGUCGACUCAGUAAAGGCCCUAAUCGAAAAACUUAAGCUACAAACCAAAGCAGUGUCGCAGAAACACAGAGCUGCCCUGGAAGACCCAACCAAUGCAACAAAGGUUGAGGAAGAACUUAUGACGGAAACCUCACUGGCAAGAGAACUCGCUGUUGGUAUUAAACGACGGUUGGAUAAAAUGAAAGAACUACAGAGUAAAGUGGAAAGAGAAAAGGGACAGGGAUGUGCAGAAGCUCGUAUUAUUGCAGGAACACAAGGAGCUUUAGCAAAACGUUUUAUGAAUGCAAUGCGUGAGUUUCAGAAUGUUCAAGAAGAAUGUGAAAAUGACAUGAGAGAGCAGGCAGAAAGGCAACUGAAGAUCAUCAACCCUAAAAUAAGCAAAACGGAAAUCGACACAGUUUUAGAUGCUACUGGUUCAGGGGGAAAUGCAAGCUCUGAAAUACUAAGACAACAGAUGCUCAUGGCCCGAGAUGGCGAUUACAAUUCCAUAAGACUGGUUAUGGAAGAUGUAGAAGAACGUACCAGAGCAAUGCGUCAGUUGGAGGAAAAUAUUCAAGAACUGAGGCAGAUGUUCAUAGAUAUGAGUGUUUUGGUCGAAUCUCAAGGAGAAACCAUAGACCAGAUUGAAAGUAAUAUAAGUAGUGCAAAGGCUAGUACAAAGACUGCUGCAUCUCAGUUAAGAAGUGCUCGAAAGCAUCAAAAGAGAUACUAUCGAUUACUUUUCUGCCUCUUUUGCUGCUUAAUUAUUUUACUUAUUGCCAUUCUGGUCCCCAUUGGAGUGGCAGUUAUUCGUCCAAACAAUGGAGGAUAAGAAAACCAUCCAUCUUUGUGGACAGUUGUUGUAAAUGGUAAGACCUUGGCGAUCGAUAUUUGGACUUUUUUUUGAAUGGAUAACAGAAGCAGAUACUAGGGAAGUCAUAGCAACGACAGAUAUUAAUAAUUCGAAUAAAUAUGGAAUCGAAUGAUCAUUUCUGCAUUUCCGAGUAGAGUUAAUAAAGAGAACUUAUCAACG